GCAAAAUUAAAAUCUCCCCGCGAACCCGGAAUUGGUUGAAAUACUACAUAUGUACAGAGGUGGCCAACACUUAGGAGCCUCCAUGUCCAUAUGCCACAAUACUUCAUACCAGCCCGCAACUCAAGGCAUCGGACAGCAUGCUUCGCUCUCUACCGCGCACUCCUCCGGCAAGCCCCGCUCAUCCCUCUCCCCGAUGACCUAGCCAAUUCCCGUGGUCCCGUCAACCCAAUCAAGCACCUAAUUCGACGAGCCUUCCGCCGGAACACCUCCGUCACUAGCCCUCGCCUCGUGUAUCCCGCACUUAAGGCGGGGUACCAGAUCCUCGGCCUCCUCAAAUCCGCCAGCUCGUCUUCUCUCGAGAGCCCCAAUGCCGACCACACCUCCAUACUGUCAUUCCUCCGUGAUCGCCAUGACGAGCGCAGCCGCUCUCUCGCUGCAAAAGCCAUACAUCCCCCCUAUAGCCGCACCCCACGUAAACCGUCCAAUGGGCCGUGGCCAGCUGCAGAACCUCUUCUCGUAAACGUAACGCCUGCGCCCACAGCCCAGAACCCCAACCCGAAACCCGUAUUCGAAAUACCGUCACGGCCGCGACCCGCGUCGGAACUUGGCGGCUCUGGGCGGAGGCGCGUGCCGCAUAUUGAUCUGGCGUCGGAUAUCCCGUUCCUACGUACCAAGAAGCCCCAGCCGAUGUACCUAAGCCAUAUUCUGAGACACAGGAUCCGCAAGCGUGUCCAGCGCUUAGAGAUGGUACAAUCAUUUUACGAUGAUGACAUCCCCGCCGCGGAGCUCGAAGACAACUGGGAAUGGAUGUUGGGUACAAUGUUACUUGAGCAGAGAGCAACGCAGGAAAGGGGAGAACAGUAUGGGGGUAAUAAGGUCAGGGAUAGGGAUAACAGUCGAGGUAGCGAUGCUCGUUUAGAUGUGAAAACUAUCGAGGCAGACGCCGCACGAGGCGAAUUCCGGAAUGAGACAUUCCGACAGACAGUAUACCUUCAGGGCGUCAUAUACACGCAAAACGUGCUAAACCGCGAGCGGGAGGAACAAGUUGCACGGGCAGAUGCCAUGCGCAGGCUGAUUGUAGAAGAAGAGAAACUAGCUAAGCAGGAGAAGGCGGAGAGGGAUGCUAACAGGAGGAAGAAGUGGGAGGCCAAGAUGCAAGAAUUACACGGCGCAAUGUGGAAGGAACUCUUCCCAGACUUGGAUAAAGAAGAUAGCUCGAGUAUCUAGCCAAUAUCCCAGACGUUCAUCUCGCCUCGUAAAAUAUAAAAUAUAAUACGCCCAGGUAUAUAGGUCAUA